AUGCCACACAGGGACCUGAGAUCAUUAUUUGUGGAAGGAUCUCAUUCUCUACAGUAUUUCUACACGGCUGUAUCAAAGCCAAGCCCAGGAGUGCCUGCAUUUACGGCAUCUGGCUUUGUGGAUGACCAACUCUUCAUCUACUAUGACAGUGUAGACAUGAAGGCAAAGCCUUUUGCUCCCUGGUUGACUGAGGAUUCAGAUUACUUUGAUGAUGAGACCACAAUCUUCAAAAAUAGAAUGAAGAUUUUCCACUUAAAUUUGAGAAAUGUGCAGCAAUACUACAACCAAACCUUUGGAAACAGGCUAAACAAAGAGAAUUCCCAAAAGCCAGAAGGUCACACCCUCCAGUUCACCUAUGGCUGUGAGCUCCUGAGUGAUGGCAGGACCAUGGGGCACUGGCAAUAUGGCUAUGAUGGUGAUGACUAUCUGAGCUUGAACAUGGACCAUCUGCAGUACACAGCCAUCACAUUUAUCGCCCAGUACACCAAGCACAAGUGGGAGUCCAAUGGGAACUCUGCACAGCGAGACAAGAUUUAUUUGGAGAAUGAAUGCAUCAGGUGGCUUAAGAGGUACCUGGAAUGUGGACGAGAGAGCCUGACUCGAACUGAGCCUCCAAGCACACAUGUGACUCAUCACCCCAGCCCUGAUGGGGAGGUCAUGUUGAGGUGCUGGGCCCUGAGCUUCUACCCCGCGGAGAUUACCCUGACUUGGCAGCAGGAUGGAAAUAACCAGACCCAGGACAUGGAGCUUGUGGACACCAGGCCUGCAGGGGAUGGGACCUACCAGAAGUGGGCAACUGUGAUAGUGCCCUCUGGAGAGGAGCAGAAAUACACGUGUCAUGUGCAGCAUGAGGGGUUACCUGAGCCUCGCAUCCUGAGAUGGGAGUCACCUUCUCAGCCCACUGUCCCCACUGAAGUAUCAUUUGCUGCCUACAUUAUCGGAGGGGUUACAUUUUUAAGUCUUUUAAUGGUUGGAUGUUCCAUUGUGUACCUGAAGUAUAACUAUUCAGGUAGAAAAGCCAAAAGACUCUUGGCUUCAGAUAAGCUGGGAGGCUGGAGACCUAUUGGACUCCUAGUGGCCCCUACACCACAGGGAAGAGAUGUCCUCGUGGUUGUGGACUCUAGGAUCUUGAACUAA